AUGAAGGAAAACACGCUGUUCAAAUUGGACCUUUUGCAGGCCCACUAUUUACAAAAACCUGCGAGGUUUGGUGUUACCAAACAAAUGUUAAGAUCUGAGAAAUACCAGUCUAAGAAAUCAAGUGAGAGAGAAAACUCUAAACGGGUUGAAAAAAGUAAGCAUAAACUGCUCCAACUUUCCAGAGAGGAGGCGUUUAAUCUUAUAAAACAAUUUCAAAAUGAAGCUUUUGACAAAAAAGUCCACUUCCUUCAAACUGAUCUGCACAGGGUGAUUUUCCGAGUCUUGAAGAAGGAAAGACAGAGGUUGGCCAAUAAGUUGGAUUUGGAGGAGGAUGGAAAUAAGGAUGAGGAGAAGGGAAAGGCCAAGACGCUCAUAGACAAGAUCGAUUCACUAUUGGCGAAAGACUCCUCUCUUUUGAGUACGAAUAUCAAGCAUAAAAUAUUCAAGGUCAUCUUGAAGGCAUUUCCGGAUAAAGUCAAUCUUAAAGAAAGUAAAUUUGAAGGAUUGUCUGAACCUAAUAUAGAAUUUCUGAAAACUAUGAAGGAAACCAACCCAUAUCUAACUAAUGGAGACCAGCUGAACAAUUUAUUGUCUAAUGUGUAUUCCGAUAAGGCAGUUAAGGAGUCACUGAACAAAAUAAACACGUUGGAAUUAGUAUGGGGUCCAAAGAAGGACAAUAGAGAAAACAAAUCAGAUAUGGAAGGUUUUGAAGAUGAGAAUAGUGAGUAUGAAGAGGUUAGUGAUGAAGAUAGCAAAAGCGAUGGGGAGGAAAAAAGGGUGAGUAAAGAAUUACAACAGGCGGAUAUUGAGGCCAUUUAUGAUAAUUACAAAGAUGGGCUUGUUGCCUCCUCUGACGAAGAACAAGAAGGAGAAGGUGACGAUGUUCCUUACUUAGAUCCCAAUGUUAACUACAAUGAAAUUACAGAUGAAGAGCCCAGCGAAGAGGAGAUUGACGUCGACAUUGAUGAUGAUGAAGAAGUAGAAAAUGGAGAUGCUGAUGCUGGUGAUCGUAAUCAGAAGAGUUUGAAGAAAAGGGACAAUGAGCCGAUCGAAGAAGAUGAUUUUUUCUCUCCUCACGAACCACAAAGUAAAAAGCAAAAGAACACAAAUGAAGGACUUGGUUUGAAAGAUAUCCAACUGCCAAAACUUGCGACUGGAUAUUACUCGGGAGGAGAAAGCGAUGAAGACACCCGGGAUUCCCUAGUAGAUGAGAUCACUGCUCCACGUAAGAAUCGUCGUGGCCAACGAGCUAGACAGAAGAUUUGGGAGAAGAAGUACGGCUCAAAGGCCAAACACGUUCAGAAGGAGCACGAAAGGUCGAAAUCAGAAAGAGAAAGACUAAGGAUUGAAUACGAGCAGCGUGCUGCAAAGAGAGCUGAGAAGCAAAAGAUACGGGAUAUGAAGGAACGUGAAUUACAAGAGAAGAAGGUGCAACAAACCGAGAAAAAGCAAACAUUACAUCCUUCUUGGGAGGCAAAACUGAAGCAGAAGGAAUCAUUGAAUGCCAAAUUUUCAGGUAAGAAGAUCACAUUUGAUUGA